GGUCGGGCGCGCUCGGCUGACUGGCCCGGAGGAGCGCGCUACUGGUAGCACAGCGUCUUGCUUCCCCCCGCGGGCGGGCCGGCCUUAGAGGGAGCCGACGGGGCGGGAACGCCGGGCAGAGCGCAGAAGGCUGUUCGAGAGAGGGGACUACAGAGAGCAGUGGCUGCUCUCAGGGACCGGAGAGAAGGAUGACUCAGCAGGGAGCUGUUCUUCAAGGUUACAAUAACGAACUAGUGAAAUGCAUUGAAGACUUGUGUAUGCAAAAACAAGAGCUGACCAAAGAAAUCCAGCAAGCAGAAGAGGAAAAAAAUAAACUCCAGCAUGAAAUCCAAGUCUUGAACGAAGAACUGGAGCGUGUCUGUGAAAACCUGGCCCAAAAGGAGUUCAGAAUUCUGAUGCACGUGCAAAGACAGCCCCUGUGUGCAAUCACCUCUACUUAUCUGGAAGAAUGGAGGGAUAAGCUCAUUGGGAAUCUUUGCUGCAGCCAUAUUGAUCUAAGCUCCUGAGCAAUGAGCUGUGGAUAAGGAAUCACAUAUGCAGUUCAGAAACACUUUUCUGUGCUGAACUCAUCUCAGCAGUGACAGUGCCCAGCUUCGACGUCCUCUCUGCCAUGGCACUGCCUUCAGGGCUCACUUCUUUGUGUUUGCAUCAUCACUUGCCUAAAUGACUCCACAUUUUCUGCAUUCUUAUAACUCAGCCAGGAGGGCUUUGGGAGAAAAAUGAGUUAACUCUUCAAGGGGUUUUUGGCUGUCUCAGGAGUAGCUGAUGUCUGGAUGAGCUCUCAGUUGUUCAAAAGCCAAGCAUCACAAGAAGAAACAGACGCAUUUAAUCUCUGCAGUCAACUAUAAAAUCACAGUGCCUCAGUGUCUCCUGUGCUGCAUCCUUUUUUACAUUUUGCAGAUUAACAUCUGACUGGGGAUCCUCUAUGCUUCAAAACAGUUUAGAUUAAAACCUAGUUCCAAACUUCUUUUUGCAACAGACCCAACCUGCACACUGAACGUGGGAGGGAAAUUCAGAUCCGUAUUUCCAUCUGUAUUUCAUGGCUCAAUUCCAGACAUAGUUUAAACCAAAGAUACUUAGUUGCUGUCAGCUGGAGCCAGGCACUAUGUUUCCCUGGCUUCCCAUCAGCUGUGCUAUAUUAAAGUAAAUAAACAUUUUCUUAAUCUCAGAAUUAUGCUCUGAGUUCUUUUAAAAUUCCAGUUAAACACUUUGAUGAAAAAGUUUAUUUUCUGCUUUGUACCUUACAUUUAACAUGAACCAGCAGUGCUCAGCACAUGUAAUGAAAAGAACGGUAUGUGGAAAAAGCCUGUGGAGUUAUCCAUACUGAAGAUACCUCUCACCAAGAUGGCAGCUGUUUGUAAAGCACAGUUCUUGUCUGAUAACCAGAAAAUUAUUAUCUGACAUAAAACUCACAGUUCCUUCA